GCCAGGCAGCCAUGAAUAAGUAAAUAGUCUUCCAGCUUGAUGUGGAGCACAAACAUCAAAGGGCUGGGAAAGGCUGGCACCCCAGGGGACAGGAUGCAGUUGCUGCCUGGGUGGCCCGCACUAGUCGGCCUGCUUCUCUAGAGCGCCAACCCCCUGCAUCUUUUUAGAAAUGACCCAUCAUACCUGAAAACCAUGGGUUCAGAAGAUACAUUGAUCAGACCCACCCUUUGAAAGACCUGCUCAGGAAUUUCCCACUUCGUGUCCUGAGACCAGGGACCCAGGUGCCCAGAGCAGAGCUUGGUGGUGAAAGUAGAGCAUGCUCGGCUUAAGUACACACUUGCCAUCGUGACCAGAGAACGCGAUUUGGCCGUGAAGGAGAAACACCAGCUCCAAGCCAAGCUGGAGAACCUAGAACAAGUCCUAAAGCACAUGCGGGAGGCUGCAGAGCGGCGGCAACAGCUGGAACUGGAGCAUGAGCAAGCCCUGGCCGUCCUCAAGGCCAAGCAGCAGGAAAUCGACCUUCUGCAGAAGGCUCAGGUUGAAGCUAAGAAGGAGCAUGAAGGUGCUGUGCAGCUGCUAGAGGCCAUCUGCCGUGAGCAGCGUGGCUUCGCCUGGAUCUGCCGAGUUCUUGGUCAGGAGAGCACCGUGGGGAGCUUCCCUGUGACUGGUGAAUAUAUCCGGCCCCUGCUGCCCCCCAGUGACAAGCAGGAGCCUCUGUCCACCAAGCCUGCCUUUCUGUCAAGAUCUGUGAGCCCAAGAUGCAGAUUUGAAUCAGAUAUGGAGAAUGAACGGGAUUCCAGUACCUCCAAGCAGAGAUACUCGGGGAAGGUCCACCUGUGUGUUGCCCGCUACAGUUACAACCCCUUCGACGGGCCCAAUGAGAACCCGGAGGCUGAGCUGCCCCUCACGGCAGGGAAAUACCUCUACGUCUAUGGAGACAUGGAUGAGGACGGCUUCUAUGAAGGCGAACUCCUGGAUGGGCAGCGGGGUUUGGUGCCCUCCAAUUUUGUGGAUUUUGUCCAGGACAGUGAGUCACGAUUGGGAAGUACUCUGGGGAACGAACAGGAUCAGAACUUCAUCAACCACUCCAGCACCAGCUUGGAGGGGAGGAACAUUCUGGACCUCCACUCCCUCACUCACGUGGACCCCAGCGUCACCAAUGGUGCAGGGACACUGGACGUGAACAUUGAUGAUAUUGGAGAGGACAUCGUGCCUUACCCUCGAAAAAUCACCCUCAUUAAGCAACUUGCCAAAAGCGUGAUUGUGGGCUGGGAGCCCCCAGCAGCACCCCCGGGCUGGGGGACUGUGAGUAGCUACAAUGUGCUGGUGGACGCGGAGCUGCGUGCGAGCCUCCUGCCGGGUGGCAGGACGAAGGUCCUCAUCGAGAAGCUCAAUGUGGCAUCCUGUACCUACCGCAUCUCUGUGCAGUGCGUCACCAGCCGGGGCAGCUCAGAUGCUCUGCGGUGCACACUGCUGGUGGGCAGGGAUGUGGUGGUGGCUCCCUCCCGCCUCCGAGUGGACAACAUCACGCAGAUGUCUGCACAGCUCUCCUGGCUGCCCACCAACAGCAACUACAGCCACGUGAUCUUCCUCAAUGAGGAGGAGUUUGACCUGGUCAAGGCGGCGCGGUACAAGUACCAGUUCUGCAACCUCAGGCCGAACAUGGCCUACAAGGUGAAGGUUCUGGCCAGACCCCACCAGAUGCCGUGGCAGCUGCCCCUGGAGCAAAGGGAGAAGAAGGAGGCCAGCGUGGAGUUCUCCACGCUGCCCGCGGGGCCUCCUGCUCCCCCACAAGAUGUCACUGUCCAAGCUGGGGCCACCCCAGCAACUGUCCAGGUCUCCUGGAAGCCACCGGUCCUGACGACCACUGGAUUGUCCAAUGGAGCGAAUGUUACUGGCUAUGGCGUGUAUGCAAAGGGACAGAGGGUGGCCGAGGUCAUCUCCCCAACGGUGGACAGCACACCUGUGGAACUCGUGCGGCUGCGGAGCCUGGAAGCCAAGGGUGUGACCGUGCGGACCCUCUCUGCACAGGGCGAGUCUGUAGACUCGGCCAUUGCUGCCAUUCCCCCCGACCUCCUGGUGCCUCCAACCCCCCACCCAAGAACUGCUCCCACACCAAAGCCAUUAGUGAGUGCCGGAGCCCCUGAUACCAAAGAUGAGCACCUGGGUCCCCACACCAAAGUGGAAGAGGCCUGGGAGCAGAGUCGGACGCCCACUCCUGCUCAUGGGCACAUGUUGGAGCCGCCGGGCCUGCAGGGCUCGGGCCCCGGGAGGCGGUCGCCAUCACCCAGCCGGAUCCUUCCGCAGCCGCAGGGUGCCCCAGUUUCUACAUCUGUCGCCAAGGCCAUGGCUCGGGAAGCUGCACAGAGAGUGGCUGAGAGCAGCAGGUUAGAGAAAAGGAGCGUCAUCUUGGACAGGAGCGGGCAGUAUGCGAACUCGGAUGAGGAGGACGGCUAUGAGUCCCCAGACAUCAGGAGGAGGGGUGCAUCCGUGGACGACUUCCUGAAAGGCUCCGAGCUUGGCAAGCCGCCGCACUGCUGCCAUGGGGAUGAGUACCACACGGAGAGCAGCCGGGGCUCCGACCUCUCAGACAUCUUGGAGGAGGACGAGGAAGAGCUCUCCUUGGAGAUGCAGCUGGAGGAGGGCGUCAGGAGGCGGCCCAGCGGCACACCCCACGGCACCCUCAAGGAGUGCUGUAGCGAUAGGACCACUGAGAGCGCUUUCCCGCCGCUGCCCGAGCAUGCCCUCCAGACCCACCACAGUCAGAGACUUUUCAGUAUCCCCGAAGUAGCCGAGGAGGAUGGAGAGCACUGUGAGUUCUCGCACAAGCAGGGCUUAGGGCGCCCCCUGGGGGCCAGGACAGCGCUGGCCAGAGAGCCUGGGCCCGCCAGGCCCUGCUGGGGGGAUGAGGCCCCACGGGGCUCUUGGUUCCCUGCAAAAGCCCGGAGCCUGGGGGCCAGCCCCCUCACCAAGGACUUUGUUCUCGAAGACAGUGGCUGCCAAUUCAGCCGCUCAGCCACCAGGAGCCCGGACAGCGGGCUGGACUGCGGGAGUGAGGAGGAGGAGCUGAGAUUUAGCUUCAGGAGUACUGCUGCGAAGUGCAGCCCAGGCCCGGGGCACUGCCCCUGCAGGAGAAGCCUGAGGCCUCUGCUGGCCCGGCGGCGGACGCUGACUCGGCAGAGCAGCAUCGAAGAGGACUUUGGGGAGCAGAUGGACCCCAGCAACACCACCAUCAGGAGCGAUGACGCCCACCUGAGCCCGGAGACACCCACCCCUGGGAAGUACAGCCAGGCUGAGCCUGCUGGUCACAAAGAUUUUUGGGAUAUCUGGAAGAAAAGCAUAAAAAUGCCCCACAGUAGAGCAAGUGCCCGACAUGUCCAACCACCUCCCUUCUUUGCAGAAGGCCCUUUGAUUUUAGGAAACCCAGCAUCUGCAGGACGAGCUGACAGGACAGAUCGUGGGGCCCGGAGGUUCGCCCAAGGUGUGGCUGGCCCUCAAAGGUCCCGGCCGGUGAUGGUCCCAUCCCUCGAUGGGUACAGCGGGCGGGACCAUCUUUCUCCGGACACCUAUGAAGAGUCAGAAACCGACCCUGGUACCGAAGAGCUCCCAGCCCGGAUCUUCGUGGCGCUCUUUGACUAUGACCCGCUCACCAUGUCCCCAAAUCCAGACGCAGCAGAAGAGGAGCUUCCCUUUAAAGAAGGACAGAUCAUCAAGGUCUAUGGUGAUAAAGACGCAGAUGGGUUCUACCGUGGGGAAACUUGUGCCCGCCUUGGCCUCAUCCCUUGUAACAUGGUGUCUGAGAUCCAGGCAGACGAUGAGGAGAUGAUGGACCAGCUUCUUAGACAAGGCUUCCUCCCUCUUAACACACCCGUGGAGAAAGUAGAGAGAAACAGAAGGGGUGGCAGGUGGCACUCGGUGACUACUCGGAGAAUGGUGGCCCUGUACGACUAUGACCCGAGAGAAAGCUCACCGAACAUUGACGUCGAGGCUGAACUUACGUUUUGCACAGGAGAUAUUAUUACUGUUUUUGGCGAAAUUGAUGAAGAUGGGUUUUAUUAUGGGGAGCUCAAUGGGCAGAAAGGCCUUGUCCCCUCAAACUUCCUAGAAGAAGUGCCUGAUGAUGUGGAAGUCUAUCUCUCUGACGCACCGUCCCACUACUCACAAGACACGCCAGUGCGCUCCAAGGCAAAACGGGUUCCUCCUGAGGGUUCAGGUACAGCAAGGAGCGCACCAUCCCCCACAGCCCAUCUCCAUUCGGGGUCACCUACGUCAUCUAUGGGUACUGGUAGUCCUGGGAGAGGCAGGGAAAUGUCCUCGAAAAAGAAAAAGGGGCUGCUUUCCAAAGGCAAGAAACUGCUGAAAAAGCUGGGUGCCGUGAAAUGAUUCAUGUGCUUCUGGACAACUUCCAAAUCUAUGUAAUUUUCUUUAAUUCCAAACUAGGGCUUUCAUGACUCAAGUACUUCCUAAAAAAACAAUCUUCUCCCCUGACACCAGUAGAGAAGUGCUCUUUGCACUACCAUCCACUUUACACCACCUGCAAGGACAAAGGGCCGCUGUGCUCUCCCAGCCUCCGUGCCACUCCGCUCUAUGCCCGAGGUCAGCCGGGCGGCGGGGGUCACCAACAAACAGGGGCCACUAGCUCUCUGUAGCUCACUCCCUGUGAGUCCAGUCUUUGCGCAUUUGUCAUCUGCCCUUAAAGGAAUGGUUUCCACCCUGCUCCCUUUUCAGAAUGCUUGCCUCAUAAUGCAUAACUCUCACUUUAGCUCUGGUCUUGAAAUUCCUAGUUUAACUGCCUUGAUGUUUCUGCCUUAUAAACGCACAAUGAUUUGUACUGUCCAAUAAAACCUAUAGUGUACACUUUGUGUUGUGCAUUCAGUGCUCUCUAUCCUCACAGACACGGUGGUUUGCAGUCGCCUUGUACAGGCUGUGCACUCUACAGUCUGGCCUUUGGUCUCUCAGAGCAAGCCAGGCAACACAGAGAAAGUGUUUACUUAGUCAAAUCAUUCAAAAAGAGAGAGAGAGUGACUUUGGUAAAGUACCAUUACUCCAACCUACCAAAAAGCUGGUAACACUUACUGCUUUCAGUGUUACAUUUUAUGGCAUAUGGAUUUAAGUUACUUUCAGUAUUUGUCAAAAUGCCACACAUUCAACAAUGAGCAGCACACCUAUACAGCAGUCCACGUAAUGCACAAGCCACACUUCAAACAUCCUCGAUUUAAGUCUGUUCAAAAUAAUUCCACACCAAUCUUCAUCAUUGGCACUUGAACAAACUACAACGUUGCUGGCACAUGUAUUUGAUGGUUACUAUUUUCUAAUUCUUGUCCACUUGUAAAUUGUUUUUACUCUUUAUACAUACUUUCAGACUGCCUUUCUUUUGUAAUUUAUGGAAGGUUUCUAAAUGAAUGACAGCUUUCCCCAUUGUGUCUUCAAAAACUAUAUUGUAAAUUGUAAUAUAAUAGUAUGUGUUAGAUAUAUUAAAAGGAAAUUACUCCAUGUGUGGUUCAGUACUGUGUGGGUGUGUGCAUGUGUACAGUUAGUGUAAAAUAUUUUAUAGAAAUAAAAUUUGUUAUUUUAUACAA